ACUGCUGCUGAGAGCAGAAUCCACCUCUGGUCAUUCCCAGUGACAGCCAUCAAAAAACAGGAGCUGCUUUUCCAACCAAGGGAGCAUCUUGUUCUGAUACAAUGCGAAAAACAUACUGUGAGUUCACUGAAGCAUCAUACAGAAAAUUUUCAGGUUGGAAGCAGUCAGGAUCGUAGAGAUAGAAACAGGAGAGGACAAUUAAAUUAUUAACAAUCCCUCAGAUUUCUUCUAGCAUGAUACACUCCUCUGGGCAAAAUACAGCAUUGAUGCAGCACAGGAUUCCAAACAAACUCAUUUUUUCAUCCCCUUUAUCAGAGGCAGAAUUAUUUAUUUUCUUUUGAAAUAGCAAGGUCCAGCCCCAAAGGGUGAGGCAGGGAGAGAUUUUCCAAGCGCCCAGUGACUACCGCCUGCCUUGGGUGCUGCUUCAUCUUGCUCCUGGCAGCAGCUCCUCGGUAGUUCUUCCCCUGACGGCUUUCCCUGGGCUUCGGCAGGGGCAAAAGUACUUGGGGAGGGAGAAUCCUGUCCCUGCAGGAUCCAACCCCCCUCGACAGACACGCGGUGACGAUUAGUUCCUUAAUUAGAUGGGAAUUCCUGGAGGCUUUGCGGGUCUCCCGCCCCCUCUGGGCCUGUCGGGGCGGGGAGCGGGAGAAGGAGGAAGAACGGCGUCUGCGGCUCCGCACAGAAGGCGCCCAGAAAAGACAGGUUCCUUUCCGAGGGGAAGACGUAGCCCCCCUUCAUCUCUCUUCAAGUGAGUGUCUCCACCCCCUGGUGGGCUUUGGUAUAAAUGGAGGAGGAAUUUCAGCGGGCUUAACCUAAACAUUUGUGUCCAAGCACACAACGUGCUUCCUCCUACGUUUUCUCUUGUAGAUGGGGCUCAGCUGACCAAGCCCUCCUCUUGAAACCUGUCCUAAGCAGCACCGUGCGGGAACCGCACUGGACCUGCCCCAGGCUGCAGCAACAACCCGGGCGGCUCUGAGCAGAAGCGACGAGUUCCGGCCUCCUCUCUGGGAUGAUUUAAGGAUAAAAUAAGCUACUCUGACAACAACCGGGAGAGCAGCUGAAGUUGUCUGAAACCGAAUUUCAGUUCUGUUUAUCAGUCAUGAAACGAAUUCUUCUGGGUUUUAUCCUGGCUGCUGCUGUGAUGUAUGGUAUCCUGCAUGGAAAUCUGUGGAGAAAUAACUUCUAUUGGAUUAGCUUUUAUGGACAGACUUCCUCUGUGAGGGCUUCUCCUUCCUAUGUGACUAGUGGAAUUGAAAUCAGUUACAAUCAGCUGCCACCCACGGCUGUAGAGAGGAGGAAUGCCUUGGACACCUGUCUCCUGAAACCAGCAUUUGAAUCUUUGCUGGGUGUUGACAAAAUCUACCCGUUCCUGUGCGCUAAUGAUUUUAUCAGAGUGGCAGAGUUCCAGGGGAGCAAUAAGUUUGAACUACCUUAUGGAAUAAAGAGAGCAGAGCAAUUUUUUCGUUUAGCCCUUUCAAGACUGCAGAACUGUGGCCUUUCCAGUGAAGAAGACAGCGUUGCCUGUCGGCGGUGUGUUGUGGUCGGUAAUGGCGGAGUACUUCGAAAUAAGACCUUAGGAGAGAAAAUUGACUCCUAUGAUGUCAUAAUAAGAAUGAACAGCGGCCCUGUGAUCGGGUACGAGGAGGAUGUCGGGAGGAGGACGACCUUCCGCCUUUCUUACCCGGAAUCCAUCUUCUCCGAUCCCAUCCACUACGACCCUAACACCACUGUUGUUCUCAUCGUCUUCAAACCACGGGACUUGAAGUGGCUUUGGGAGAUACUUGGUGGUCAGAAAGUAAGUGCGAAGGGCUUUUGGAAGAAACCCGCUCUGAACAUGAUCUACAAAUCGAGUCAAAUCAGGAUUCUCGAUCCCAGCAUCACCAGGAAAACUGCUUAUGAGUGGCUUCAUUUCCCAACAAGGUUUCCUAAGAAGGAGAAACCCAAGCAUCCAACAACAGGGCUCAUUGCCAUUACACUGGCAUUUCACAUUUGCCAUGAAGUCCACCUGGCAGGCUUCAAGUACGACUUCACCAACAGAAAUAGUUCUUUGCACUACUAUGGCAAUGAAACCAUGUCUCAGAUGAUGCAGAAUGAAUACCACAACAUAACGGCCGAGCAGAAUUUUUUGAAGAAGCUAAUAGACAAGAACUUUGUGGUCAAUUUGACGUGAAAGCUGAAUGGAAAAUACAAAAAACAAUCACUAUUUUCAAGAUUUGAAAAUUUUUAUUUUUUGUAUGACAUUUUUAUUUUUUAAGUGCAGCAUAACUGUUUACUGUUUAAAGGAGUCCAGAAACCUCAUCAAAGCAAAAGCUUCUAAGCCUGAGGGUAAUGGACUAUUGCAAACAGAGUUAACUGAAUUUCUGUGAAGCUAUUUAAUAGUGGAAAAACCAUGAAACUUUCAACUGAAAGUAUCAGGGAUAUAUAAAAAUGUGAUGCGCAUCACUUACUUAUCAGUGAGAACUCUUUCCAAAUGAUGAAUUCUCUGGAAUACUUCUGUUUCUGGUGUCCUCCAAAAGAGUUCUACUGUCAGGAGACUGAGAUGACCAGUGUUCAAUCAGUAGGUGGAUGUAAAGUCGUGACUAUCUGUCCUGUUGUAUGAAAAUGGCUUUAAAACUAUGAACUAUGCAUCUAAAUCAUUACUGUGUGUUUUGGAGAAGGGGGAACGUACAGAUUGCACAGGUUUUGCUCUGCCAUACUCCUGAGGAGAGGAUGUCCACCUUCAGCCAAGCAGCCACAGCUUCUGCACUGACCAUCAGCUCUGAACUUCUGCUGGCCUUUGCCAAAGGUGAAGACCCUGUGUCUGGUUUGUGGAGAUGCUGAUGUUGACAACGCUUGUGUUGUACUCAUUUUAUGGAAAAAUCAUACUCCCUGUGCUGUGCAUCCAGUAAAUUUUACAGUUGCUGACUUGACUUAAAAGAAGAGGCAGUGUGAAGACUGAAGAGCUGUCCAAAGUACCUGUGUGUCAUCCCCCAGACCACAACAGAAACACAAGCUUGGACAGAGAUGUUCAUGCCUGAGUUUAGAGUCAAUGUUUGUUGGAGUCCUAGUUCUCUAGGACAGGAUCUCAUGUACUUUUUUGUUUGCUCCUCAAAAACAGGUGGAUUUUUCCAAACGAGGACAACCUCCUUCCUCAGAUGCUGUAAUGCAUCAAUACAAGCAGGAAUACUCCCAUUUUUGGCAGUAGAGUGUGGUAGGGAAUAUCUAGAAUGUACCUCAGCUGAAUUAUCAUUUGGCAUCUGUUUACCUCUUCUGUCUUGAUAUUUAAGUUUGAAGUGUGUGGCUGAACUAAAUCAUUUAACAGUGGGAACAUACUCGAGAUUUUAAUUGAAAUAUUUAAUGAGAUGUUUGUUUCCUGUAUUGGUUUGUCUCUGACAAGCCUGUGAAUAAAUGAAAUCUGCCUGGGAAGGCACUUGACAACUGUUAAAGAACAAUGUGCUGUUCCAGCGCUCUCACAGGACAUCUAUAUAAAGUUUUUAUUUUAAUUAUGGUAGAAUUUCUGGAAGAUUUUGCAGUUAUCCUUAUCAAUCACAGCUGAAGAAAGCACAAAGAAGUCCACUUUAAAAAAGUCUUGGAAGUUGGUAGGAGUACCGUUGUUGCUUUUAAAUAAAAUUACAUAGAGUGAGUAUAUUUAGGAGUAAUGCAAACAAUCGCAAUAUGAACAUAAACCAUGGUAUUGGUUAUUUUCAGAAGCUGAGGAUUGCAAGAGUACUGAACAGGGUUUAUUUUGCUGCAGCUAUGUAGAGGAAUAACCAUUGAAGUAACCAAAGAGUCAUCUUUCCUGUGGAGUGCAGUAGGUGUUUUAAAAUAACCAAACACACACCUUCCCACAGUUCUCAUUUCCAGCUUUAGCUCCUUGGCUCUGCCAUUUGGGAAUUGAGAGGGCAGUAUGGUCUGGAGAGGCGCCACAGCUGAAGGAGAGGAGGCUCGUGUUUUCACCCAGUGAUUCCUGAGCUUUGGUGUGUUCCAGGCAAGCUGGACAUACCUGAAAUAACUCGGGAUGUCAGAAAAAUCUGUGGUAUGGGGUGGGGAAGGAUGGAGGAGCGUCCCAGCAAGGCACAGGGUGUGCUAUGGUGUCCCUUGCCAGCUGCACUCCAGCUGUGUGCAGGCUGGCAGGUGGGAGUGUGAGGAGAGGGGAGCGUGUGGGAGGUCCUGGGGCACUGCAACAGGUGACUCUGGUGGUGGAAAUCGAGGAAAUCACAAUUUCUUUUCCAGCUGGCAGAAGGGCUCUUAAUUUUUUUGUAUUUAUUUUUUCCUGAAAUUUUGAAGAGGUCUUUGCUUGAAAAUCUGAGCACAAACAGGUGGGGUUUCACUUAAGAAAGUAGCAACAGUAUUGUCUUUGUCUCUUCCAGCAUUUAUUUCUCCUGGUUAUUUCAGUUAAUGAAAAGGUUUGUGUGUGAUUCUGCAGCCUCAGACCUACAGUGAUUUAAACUCCUGGCAGCAGUAAUUCCACCUGAAGAAGCUGCUGUGGCAAAGCUUUUUGCAGACACAGCAAAGCUUGGUUCUCCAAGCUCUUGUUGUGGAGGAGCCCCUGGCAGGUCUUAGACUGUGUUGGCAGCCAAGGCUGGCAGAAGGGGGGAGCUGCCCCUUCACCCUCAAAAUCUGCAGCUGCUUCCAGAGCUGGGGCCCCUUGCUCUCCCAAUGGCUGCUGCCACUUUCCAGCUGCAUCCAUGGAACGGCUUGCAGGAUGCAGUCCAGGAGGAUUUUUUUCCAGGAGAGCUGUUGAGUUUGUUCCAGACACUGUGGGGAGAGUUCUUGUGAUGGUGCAGGCUGCAUCCCUCUGCUUCUCCACCCCUGUCUCCACUUCCAGGAGUGGGUAGGGAGCUUUUGAAAAUGUGGUUAUUUCCCUGCUUUUUUUCACCUCCAGAGAUACUCUUCCCACAAAUCUAAACUGAUUCCUUCUCAAAUUUUUCUAGUAGCUUUUCUGAUUUUUGUGGGAGGAUGGGAUUUGGAUUCUAGCUGUACCAGAACAAACAAAAUAAUGAGGGAAAAAAAAAAAGGCAGCUUCAUGUCAAACAAAUGGUGUCUCCCAAACUCUUUGUACUUAAAAAAAAUCCCUUUAGUAUUUUUUACUUUUGCCACAUCAGCUUUUUGAUCUCCCUAAAAUACUGGGUUUUUAAAACAAUGUUUGGUGUUCUCCAUGAAUUGAAUAUGUUCUCUAAGCAUUUAUCUCUAUCAGCUGUUUCUUUUUAUAUCCUAAUAAGCCUUCCCAUUGUAUGACUGACUUAUUUUUCAAAUUAAGCAGUAUUUCCAGGGAUAUUUUUCUCUCACUUCUAUGCUCCUGCCAGGGCUGUUGAGUCCACCACUGUUACUGCCCCAGAGUGACUGGGUAACAUUUUGAAUGAAACCUGUUCCCUCAGGAUCAAGCCAAGAGCUGAUGCUGCUGAUAAACCAUGGGGGGUUUUGUUUGGUUUUUUGGGGGGAAGGGGGGUGGGGUUAUUUUGUUUGUUUUGGUUUUGUUUGUUGUUUUUGUUUUGUUUGUUCAGGGGUUUUUGUGUGUUUGGUGUUUUGUUUUGAAAGCCCAGCUUGCAGGCCAGUAGCUUUUCUCCUCAGUAAUAAGCAGUGAGCCAAGUAAUGAAUUUUUCUCCCCACGAAAUGUUUUGUAGGAUCCUGUGUACACCAGCCCUGUUCCACCACCUGCUUCACGCACAUCAUUCCUGCCACUCUGCUUCGGGGACAGGUCGUGCCUUGGCACUAACUUCAUUCAGACACGAGCACCCGUGUGUAGUGUGUUUCUCAGCAGUGCCCACAGUGUCUCUUCUGUCUGAGCACACAUUUUCACAGGGGUUUUGCAGUAUCCAAGACUUGACUUGGGGCUUUUAGAAUAAAACAAUAAUGCUGACACCAAAUAUUUAGAUAGUUUCUGAGUGUGGGCUGCUCUUAAGACUUUCUUCUUCCUUUUUUGCUGUUCCUGAAAAUGAAAUCUCUGCACUGAAGCAUCUCUGUAAAAGUUAGCCAGUUUUUUUUAUCAUAUCAGGAGUGAAGCUGCCAGUUUUGAAUCCCAGGGUGCUGCCAGCUUUAAUUCUGUGUCUGAUAAUGGUGUAAUUCUGUAGGUCCCCAGUGUCUCCCAUCAUUUUUCUAUCUGAAGUUGGAUUUUCUCCUCCUUACUCUGUUCUUGUUCUCUGGCAGCCUGCUGAAUUUCUAGACAGCAUCACCUUACAGCAAAGGUGCUUCUGCAUUUUAUCUGCCACCCCUCUCAAAGUGCUGCACUGUCAGAAAGACACAGCUCUAAGAUACCAAACUAUGCACAGAAGAGGCAGGAUGACACACAUUGCCUGAAAGCUCUCUUUGGCUCAGCCUUUCAGGAGGUUCCUUUGUUGGGAAACUAUUUCUUCCUCUGCUGUAAUCAUUAAGGGAAGUCACAGACUAUUGCACUAAAUUAUGGAUCUGAGAGUGCCUAAAAGAUGUUACUAAAUGACAUUUCCAGUGACUGUGUAGGUGAUAAUAAUCCAGAAUCACAACUCGGUGUUUAAUUAGCAUGUGGUACUUCUUGUUUCCAAUGCCAUACUUCCCUUUUUAGUAAUGCUCUGGAGGAGAGUAUAAAUACCCUCACUUUUAAGUGGACUCUGAUUUUUAAGAACGUACAAUGCUCAACAUACGUUUUUGGUAUUGGGAAAUACUUAUUUUAUUUGCCGUUUGUCUUAAGUUUUAUAUGCCUUUAAAGUGCCACCUGUAUUUUGAUGAAUUACAGUUGUUUCAAGUGGAAUUUUGAAUGCUACAAAUGGAAGGAGAUUAUUUUCCUGUGAAUAAACUGUUAAAUACA